CAACGGUCGCUGGCUCAUUGUGUUUUCCCGUCGGUGUAGAGAGCGUGGAUCUUUGAAAGGGCAGGGAGAGGGACCAAGCAAGUCUAGGGUGUAUUUUUUAUAUUUCGUCGAAAGUUUAGCAUUACCGGGGCAGCAUAAUGACCGAUAAAAUGGAUAUGUCUCUAGACGACAUUAUCAAGCAGAACAGGCAGCAGAGAGGUGGAGGCCGAGGUGGAAGAGGUCGAGGCCGCGGAGGCUCAGGCGGCGGUCGAGGAGGAGGCGCUGGGCGUCUUGGAGCCAGCGGCGGAGGAUUUGGAGGCCGAGGCGGCGGAUCCGGCCCCAUGAGGAACCGACAGAACCUGAACCGCGCUAGAGGCAGACCAACGCCUUACAGCAGGCCUAAACAGCUUCCAGAUAAGUGGCAGCACGACAUGUUCGACAACGGCUUCAGCGGCUUCAAUGGCGCUGCUGGGGGUGGCGGAGGAGCUGGUGUGGAAACUGGAGGGAAGCUCCUUGUCUCCAAUCUCGACUUUGGGGUCUCAGAUGCAGACAUUCAGGAACUUUUUGCUGAAUUUGGGACCCUGAAGAAGGCUGCUGUUCACUAUGACCGAUCAGGAAGGAGUCUGGGAACUGCAGAUGUCCAUUUUGAGAGGAGGGCAGACGCCCUUAAGGCCAUGAAACAGUACAAUGGCAUCCCACUUGAUGGGCGGCCCAUGAACAUACAGCUCGUCACAUCACAGAUUGACACACAGAGGCGACCUAUGCAGGGUCUGAACAGAGGUGGUGGAGGCAUGAACAGAAGUCGUGGGGGAGGCUUUGGAGGCAUGCAGAGAGGCCGCGGAGGACGUGGUGCAGGCGGUGCCAGAGGAAAGGGUCGAGGCGGACGCGGCGGUAGCAGCAAGCAACAGCUGUCAGCAGAGGAACUCGACGCCCAGUUAGACGCUUACAAUGCCAGGAUGGACACCAGCUAAGAAAUGAAGCUCCUCCAAGCUGUCAUCCCUUCCUCUCUGCACAGAGGGAUGGUUGUUCCAAAUGUGCAGAAUAUUUUACACUUUGUCGUCUUCUGAUGUGAUUGAAAUUAUUGUUCCAACUUCUUCUUUUAAAUGCUCCGAAGUGUUUUUUACCAGUGUUUUUUUUUUUUUCUCCUUUUUUUCUGAUGAAAAUGGUUUCGACUGUAGGUUAAUGUGAAUUGGGGUUUCCCAGUUCUUCCCCCUGCCCUGUAGUUACUGGACUUGUAAUAAAACUUGCAGUACAUAUUAACCAAA